CUGUCGCCCUGUCUCCCUUAUAUUACCCCACACACCCACACCCCCAUCACCGCCUCCUCGAUCUCUACUACAGCUGACAGCGAGCUCCGGCCGGCACGCGCGGCGUUUCAAAUGCAACCAGAUCAGCUAGCUAGCUAGCUAUAGUAAUUAUAAGUAGGCGAGCAGUAGUAGUAGCUAGCUGGCCGACUGGGACGACGACGGAGGACGCCAUUAAUGGCGGCCGGGUGCAACUGCAAGGCGGCCAUCGGGUGCGUGGACGCGCGCGCGCCGGUGCGGGCAAGCUACGUGAGCCUGUACAAGUGGCCCGAGUCCGACGCCGAGUUCGUCAAGUCGGUGGCCAUGGCGCGGCGCCACGGAGGAGGAGGAGGAGGGCAGGAGAGCCCCGCCGCCAGCGCGUCGUACCACUACUACUACAACGGCAGUGGCAGCAUGCGGAACAGCGGCGAGCUUCUGACGCCGGCGGCGGGGUACUGCAGCCCCCGGGUGGUGGACAGCUACUCGUGCCGGCAGAUGUACCUCCGCAGCUACACUUUCUCCAAGAAGAAGGAGACGGUGCCGGAGCGCACCAUGGCGUGCCUCGGCCGCGUCAGGGAGCGCGGCGCCGCCGUGUUCCCGCUGUUCCUCCCGCAGCGGCAAGGCGGCGGCGGAGGGUCGUCGUCGUCCACGGCCGCCGCUGGCUCGGACGCCGGCUCCGUCGGCGGCAGCGCCAGCAACCGCAUUAUUCCUGCUGUUGCGCGCAGCGAGAGCCGCAGGGACGACGAUGUGCUGGGGCUCCGUGGCGGCAGCAAGCAGCAGGCGAGGCGGCGGAGGCGGAGGAAGAAGAAGAAGGGGUGCGCCGUGGUCAGGAGGCUGCACGAGGCGUCUUGCGUCGCCGUGCGCGCCAUCUUCCGCCGCCUCCUGGCUUGCACCACCAGCGUCGACGUCGCCGACGGCGCCAGUGCGCCUCCGCAGCCGUGAGCCGGCCGUGUAUGCCCAUGCAUGCAUGUUACGCGUGCUGUGUGCUGCUGCCAUCGGAGGUGCUCUGCGUCGUGCAUGCUGCUCGAUCUAUAGCUUUUGUUGAUUUUCUUCGUGUGCAUGCCUGCCUGGUUGCUACUAGCUAGUAGUAACAGUGAUUAAAUUAAAUUACUGCAUCCGUCUCCACUGCAGUAGAGAGUAGCAGGCAGUAAACACUAGUGAACAUGCAUGCAUGUAGUAGUGUGGACGCAGGUUAAAUCAGGGUGGAGACGAUCGUACGUACUGUAGUAAGUUAAUUAAUAUACUCAAUCUGUGCUUGUGUUAUUUAUUUAUUUGGUAUAAUAUAUGUAUACACUUGUUGUGCAUGGUUAUUAGUUAUUACAUUAAGACCAUACUUGCUACAGUUUUACUACUGGAACGAAACAAUUUAGAUGUGUCUAUAUAUCCGUCGCUCGAGUGAGAUGGAUCGCUCGAUUUUUUUUU